AUGGCAGCACCAGCGACCACGACAACGGCGACGACACCGACGGCAGCACCAACACCGCCCUCGGCCGUGGCAGAAAAGCCGCGGCAGAAGUCGGUCAUUGUCAUCGGUGCCGGCGCAGGCGGUACCGCCCUCGCGGCCAGGCUGGGCAGGCGCGGCUACAAGGUCACCGUCGUCGAAAAGAACGACUAUGGCGGCGGACGAUGCUCGCUCAUCCACCACGACGGCCACCGCUGGGACCAGGGCCCGUCGCUCUACCUCAUGCCAGAAAUCUUCGAGGCCGCCUUUGCCGACCUCGGCCAGGACAUCAAAGACCACCUCGAGCUGCACCAGUGCAACCCCGCCUACCGCAUCCACUUUGCUGACGGCGAAAAGCUCCAGCUCUCGUCCAACCUCUCCCAGAUGGGCGACAUGCUCGCCAAGUUUGAGUCGCGCGCCGGCAACGACAAGCCCCUCGGCUCCUUCCUCGACUUCCUCCGCGAGGCCGGCGAAAACUACGAAGAGUCGAUCCAGCACGUCCUCACAAAGGACUGGAGCGCGUGGUGGGCCUUUUUCCGCCCCGAGCUCUUCCCCAUGCUCUGGAAGACCAAGGGGCUGCGCAUCUACGCCACCCUCUACGACCGCGCCAGCAAGUACUUCAAGUCGAAGCACGUGCGUCGCGCCAUGACGUUUUCGGCCAUGUACAUGGGCAUGUCGCCCUUUGACGCGCCGGCCACCUACAGCCUGCUCCAGUACGCCGAGUACGCCAAGGGCAUCUGGUAUCCCAUCGGCGGCUUCUACAAGGUCGUCGAGGCGUUUGAGCGCAUCGCCCGGGACCGCUUCGGCGCCGAGUUCCGCUACAAUGCGUCGGUCAAGCGCAUCGUCACGGACCGCGCGGGACGCCGCGCCACGGGCGUCGAGCUCGACGACGGCGAGGUGCUCGAGGCCGACGUCGUCGUCAGCAAUGCCGACCUGGUGUGGACCUACAACAACCUGCUGCCGACGUCCGGGUACGCCAAGCGGCUGCGCUCCAAGGACCAGACGUGCUCGUCGAUCAGCUUCUACUGGGCGCUGUCCGAGGUGGUGCCCGAGCUCGGGGGCCACAACAUCUUCCUCGCCGAUGCCUACCAGGAGUCGUUUGACGAGAUCUUCCGCGAUGGCGACACUCCGUCGGAGCCGUCGUUCUACGUCAACGUGCCGUCGCGGCUGGACCCGAGCGCGGCGCCGGCGGGCAAGGACACGGUUGUCAUCCUGGUGCCCUGCGGGCCCAUUUCCAUUCCGGAAAAGCCGGCGGGCGACGCGACCAAGGGGGCGCACACGCGCGAGCAGUUUGCCAAGACCAAGGAGCGCGCGCGGCGCCAGGUGCUCGAGACGAUCAAGCGGCGCAUCAACCGGCCCGACUUUGAGGAUCUGAUUGAGCACGAGAUCGUCAAUGACCCCUUUGACUGGGCCGACAAGUUCAACCUGUUCCGCGGGUCGAUUCUCGGGCUGAGCCACACGAUCCCGCAGGUGCUGUGGUUCCGGCCGUCGAUCAAGCACGCAAGCAUCGACAACCUCUUCUUUGUCGGAGCGUCGACGCAGCCGGGUACGGGCGUGCCGGUGGUGGUGGCGGGGAGCGGUGUGGUGGCGGAGCGGAUCGACGCGUUCCUGCGCGGGCGGGAAAAGGGGUGGCUGUCGGUCGAGGCGCUGCGUGGGAGCGCGCUGCUGGCGGUGCUGGUGCUCGUUGGCCUGGCCGUGACGGGGCUGGCGUUUGGGGUGGUGGCGUUUGGCGCUGUGAUUGCGCUGCUGCUCCACUGGAGCGGCCUGGUCGACGUGCCGGGCACCGUGUGGCAGAAGGUGGUGCCCGAGUGA